CUGGAGUUAAGCGCUAGGCUGCAGCAUUCCAUUCACCGGGAUGUGUGUGCUAUGAGGCCGUGUAUAGUUUAUCCCUUAGUAGCAGUGUCGUUUUCCCGGCUGCUUGUUGGCUUUGCUGCCUGAGCUUUAAAGCCCAUAGCCGCUGCUUUGCAAACUAGCUUGGUUUCCAUACUGAGACUGAAAUGAAUCCCUUGCACAUCAUCUGUUUCCUCUCCCUGUCUUUCUACAGCCUUAUGGCUCAGGCAGCAACCAAAGGAGUGACAGCAAGCUUAGCUGCCAAAUGGCCAGAGACCCCGCUUUUACUGGAGGCCAGUGAAUUCAUUGCAGAAGAAGGGAAUGAAAGAUUUUGGCAGUUUUUGGGAACUGUACAAGAAAUAACCAUCUAUAGGAACAAAGGGUCUGAGUCGUCUUACUAUAGCUUGAUUUUAAAGAAAGCUGGGCAGUUUCUGUCAGAUCUCCAAAUUAGCUUGCUGAAGUUUGCCUUGUCAAUAAGGGCAUAUUCUCCUACAGUUCAAAUGUUCCAGCAGAUUGCAGCUGAUGAGCCGCCUCCAGCAAGCUGUAUCGCAUUUGUCGCUAUCCACGGGAAACACACCUGCAAAACAAGUCAGAUUAAAAAACUUCUGAAGGAAGCAGCAGAGAGACCAAGACCUUACUUGUACAAAGGGGAUCACACAUUUCCAUCCCUUGUCAAGACUGCUCCUGUAGUCAUUCUAUAUGCAGAAGUGGGUACAAAAGAGUUUGCUACAUUCCACAAAUCACUUACUGAAAAAGCAGAAAGUGGGGAGAUAGUUUACAUACUUCGUCACUACAUACAGAAACCAAGCCCAAGGAAAAUGUAUUUAUCUGGGUAUGGUGUGGAACUUGCAAUAAAGAGCACAGAAUACAAAGCAAUGGAUGACACUAAAGCUGAAGCCAACAAUUCUACACUGAAAACGGAUGCUGCGGAUAAUGAAGAUGUUCAAGGAUUUUACUUUGACACACUAAUACAAAUGUAUCCUGAUCUGAAAGACAAUCUUAUGGAGUUUCGAAAACAUCUAAUUGAAAGUACUAAUGAAAUGGUGCCUUUGAAAGUAUGGGAAUUGCAAGAUCUGAGCUUUCAAGCAGCCUCUAAAAUUAUUUCUACACCUGUUUAUGAAGCAUUAAAGGUUUUGAGAGACAUGAGUCAGAACUUUCCAAUCAAAGCAAGAUCACUGACCAGAAUUGCAUUGAACCAUGAGAUGAGAAGAGAGAUUGAAGAAAACCAAAAGCAUUUAACAGAGACAUUUGGAAUUCACUCUGGAGACACAAGUUUAUACAUAAAUGGCCUUCACAUUGAUUUGGAUGUUCAUAAUUCCUUCAGCAUUUUAGAAACUCUUAAAACAGAAGGAAAAGCACUCUAUGGCCUUUCUGAAUUAGGCAUAAACAAUGAGGAUCUUAGUAAAUAUUUAAGGCUACAAGUACAUCCGGGAGAGGAAAAUUAUGCCUUAGAUAUCCGCCAUUCAUCAAUAACUUGGAUUAAUGACAUUGAGACAGAUCAUAUGUACUCAGCGUGGCCAUCAAAUCUCCAAGAACUGCUACGGCCAGCUUUUCCUGGAGUCAUUCGUCAGAUUAGACGUAAUUUAUUUAACCUGGUUUUUAUUGUCGAUCCUGUUCAAGAUUAUGUAAUUGAUUAUGUGAAGCUUGCUGAAUUAUUCUAUCGACACAAUGUUCCUCUGAGGAUUGGAUUUGUUUUUGUUAUAAAUUCUGAUGAAGAGAUUGAUAAAACAGAAGAUGCAGGAGCAGCUUUGUGGAGAGCUUUUAACUACAUAGCUGAUGAAGGAGACAUGGCUCAAGCAUUUUUCUCUCUUAUAAAUAUGUACAAUAAAGUAGACGAUGGUGAAAUGCUUACGGUGGAUAUUGUGAAGUCUGUCCUGAAAAAAGAAUUCCCCCAGGCUGAUGUUAAUCAUGUUCUAGGUUUACACUCUGAAUACAGCCUCAAGCUGAAGGCAGGAGCAGCAUUUUAUAAAAAGAGCGGCCUGGGUGUAUUGCCUCAAGUCCUUUUUAAUGGUGUGCCCUUUAACAGCGAAGAGAUGGAUGUUGAAGAAAUGGAGACAGUUAUUCUCCAGAAGAUCAUAGAUGCCACAGGAUUCUUCCAGAGGGCAGUAUUUAUGGGUCAUUUAACUGACCAAAUGGACAUUAUGGAUUAUUUAAUGGAUCAACCCAAUGUAGUUACCCGAAUGAAUCCUUCUAUACUAACAAAUGAAAGGACAUAUCUUAAUUUUAUUUCAAGAUCAGCUACAUACAGUUUACAAGAUUAUGGUAUAUUUUCCUAUUUGGACAUACAGGACAAGAAUUUUGUUAUUGCUGAAAAUAUGAAGUACCUCACUAAAGAAGAUGAGGAUGUAAUUUAUGCAGUCACCAUCUGGAUUAUUGCUGAUUUUGACAAGCCAUCUGGGAGGCAACUGCUUGCUAAAGCUGUGAAACACAUGAAAAAGAGCAGCAUUUCUCGACUCGGAAUUCUAAACAAUCCCACAGGAAAAAUGACAGAGGAUAACACUCUUGUUUCUCGAGCGCUAUGGGCGGCACUCGUGACACAGAAAGGCCAUAAUCUGCAUAAGUUUUUCACAAAAAUGUCAAAAGAGGAAACUGCUGAAGCACUGUCUAAUGGAACAAAAAUAAAAGAGUUUGUUUCGGGAAUGGAUGUAGAUGCGUUUGAGAAGAAGUACAACACCAUUGGAAUAGACAUUCUUCUUACACAACAGUUGUAUUGUCAUGAAGUUCUUAAACUGCAACCUGGACAAGUGGCCGUGAUCAGUAAUGGACGGCUGUUGAAUUCUAUUGAAUCAAGUGAAUUUCACGACGAAGACUUUCAUUUACUGGAAAAGGUUACAUACUCUACCUCUGCUGAAAAGAUAAAAAACCUAGUGAAAAAAAUGCCACCUUUAAAGAGUAGUCUAAGUGACUUGGUUAUGAAGGUGGACUCUCUGUUGUCAUCAAUUCCCAAAAGUGAGUCAAGGCAAGAUAUAAGAUUCAUCAAGCAACAACACAGUUUGAUAAAAAUUGAUCCCCAACAUGAUGGCCCUUAUUUUGAUGUCCUAGCUGUGGUCGACCCUCUUUCAAGAGAAGCACAGAAGUUGUCGCAUUUUUUGAUUGUACUUGGCCGUCUUAUAAAUAUGAAGCUAACUAUGUUCAUGAAUUGCAAAUCCAAACUGUCAGAAAUGCCUUUAAAAAGCUUUUACCGUCUUGUCCUUGAACCCGAAGUGACAUUCUUAAGUAAUAACAGCCUUUCAUUGGGGCCUACUGCAAAGUUUUUGGACAUGCCUGAAUCACCACUUCUCACUUUAAAUAUGAUCACCCCCGAGAGCUGGUUGGUAGAAGCAGUGCAGAGCUCAGGUGAUCUCGAUAACAUUCAUUUGCAAGAUAUUGAUGGCAUUGUUACUGCUCAUUAUGAACUAGAGUAUUUGUUACUGGAAGGACACUGCUUUGAUGUGACCACUGGGCAGCCUCCAAGAGGUCUUCAGUUCACAUUAGGCCUAAAAAAUGAUCCUGUUGUGAUGGACACUAUAGUCAUGGCUAAUUUGGGAUAUUUCCAAUUAAAGGCCAAUCCAGGUGCUUGGAUGUUACGCCUUCGUAAAGGAAGAUCAGAUGAUAUCUACCAUAUAUUUUCGCACAUCGGCACAGAUUCCCCAUCUGAUAAAGAAGAUAUAAUAGUGGUUCUAAACAGCUUUAACAGUAAAAUUAUCAAAGUACACGUACAGAAGAAACCUGAUCAAAUUCAUGCAGAUCUCCUCAGCAACGAGUCUGAAGACAAGUCUGGUUUAUGGAAUUCACUUAUGAGUUUUACAGGUGCAGGAAGAUCGGAUGAAAAAGAAAAGCAGGAAGUCUUAAAUAUCUUCUCAGUAGCAUCAGGCCACUUGUACGAGCGCUUUCUAAGAAUUAUGAUGCUUUCAGUUCUUCGUAAUACAAAAACACCUGUGAAGUUCUGGUUUUUAAAAAACUACCUAUCCCCUAAAUUUAAGGAAAUCAUUCCGUACAUGGCAGAAGAAUAUGGCUUCCAGUAUGAAUUAGUGCAGUACAAGUGGCCUCGUUGGCUUCACCAGCAGACUGAAAAACAAAGGAUAAUUUGGGGAUACAAAAUUCUGUUCUUAGAUGUUCUUUUCCCCCUUGCAGUGGACAAAAUAAUAUUUGUAGAUGCCGACCAGAUUGUGAGGGCCGACUUAAAAGAACUGCGUGAUUUCAACCUUGGAGGGGCACCGUAUGGCUAUACUCCUUUCUGUGAUAGUCGUAAAGAGAUGGACGGAUAUCGUUUCUGGAAAUCUGGUUACUGGGCAUCCCAUCUAGGUCAUAGGAAAUACCAUAUCAGUGCUCUGUAUGUUGUGGACCUAAUGAAGUUCAGGAAGAUUGCGGCUGGAGACAGACUGCGAGGGCAAUACCAGGCACUGAGCCAAGACCCAAACAGUUUGUCUAACCUUGAUCAGGAUUUACCAAACAAUAUGAUUCACCAAGUAGCAAUUAAAUCGCUACCUCAGGAAUGGCUCUGGUGUGAAACCUGGUGUGAUGACAAGAGCAAAGACAAAGCCAAAACUAUUGACUUGUGCAACAAUCCUAAAACGAAAGAACCCAAACUGAAAGCUGCAGCCCGAAUUGUCCCUGAAUGGACAGAUUAUGACACAGAAAUAAGGCAGCUGUUGAAACGCAUUGAAGAGCAGAAGAAAAAUGUUACGCAGCCCUCAGAUAAUGAUGCAAAGCACGAUGAACUUUAGCAGCACCAUAUAUGGAGGUUACAAGGGAACUUACAGACUUUUUCUACAAGGAAGAUCAGAGGCGGCAUCUGAUGCUUACAUUUUCUUUGGCUUGUGAAUACAGUUUUCACAUGAAUUUCUUAAAGGACUGGAACAUCAUCGAACAAAAUGUUUAAUUUAAGCUAUUUUUAUAUAAAUGAUGCCAGUUGUGAGUCUUUUAUUUAUGUUUUGUAAGUAGAAAACAAUGCGUUAUCUAAAUAUUAAAGGCACAUAAAACCACA